AUGGCCAUGAUGGAGCCCUCCUCCUCCUCCUCCUCCUCCACCGCUUCCGCCGUCACUCCGUCGUCCGCGCCGCCGAGCGGGAGGUGCUGCGUCGUCCUGCGCAUCAAGCUCCCGGCGGCGUGGACGCCCGAGGAGGACGCCGCCCUGGAGCGCCUCGCCGUGGAGAACGGCUCCCGCCACUGGCGCCGCGUGGCGGCGCAGAUGCCGCGCAAGCGCUCGCCCGUGCAGUGCCGCGACAGGUGGAGGGACCACCUCGCCCGCGACGUGUUCCACCGCCCCUACACCGCGGCCGACGACGACGAGCUCACCCGCCUCGUCCUGCGCCCCGGCGGAGGUGGCGACCGAUGGAAGGACAUCAGCAGAGCGGUGCACGGCCGCAGCUCGCGCUCCGUGAAGCGCCGGUGGAUGGAGAUCGGCACGAGCGAUGAGCUCCUCAGGAAGUUGGCACCCCCGGUCAUCGAUGCUGUCUCCGGCCACGGUGGUGGACGCCGUCGUCUGAUGCGGCCAAAUCAAGCUUUUGGAUGGCGCCGUUGCUAG